GAGAGAGAGAGAGAAGAGAGAGAAGAAGAAGGGUUUGCAACGCAUGGAGAUGACCCUGUCUUCCUCUGCAAACGUUCUCAGGCAAACCCAUUCUCAGAACUUGUCAUUUGUAAAAGACGCUCCAAGUCCCCACAACGCACUACUUCUUCCAAACACACAAAUAUAACCCAAACACAGAGACUCAGAGAGAGAGAGAAAGCUGUCAUUAUCAUCCAUGGCGACGAUUACAACUACUAUUCUCCUUCUCUUCUUGACGCUUGUCUCUGUUUUCUUCUCUUGCUACGCUCAAAGAAGCCCACUUGUUCUAGCAGAGAUUGAAGCUCUUACAUCCUUCAAGCUUAAUCUGAAAGACCCACUUGGUGCUUUAACCGGCUGGGAUUCAUCCACUCCUUCCGCUCCAUGCGACUGGCGUGGUAUCCUCUGCUACAAUGGCCGUGUUCGUGAGCUCCGCUUACCUCGUUUCCAGCUCUCUGGCCCUAUCUCUGAUAGCCUUUCUAAUCUUCAGGAGCUACGCAAGCUUAGUCUGCGCUCCAACCACUUCAAUGGCUCUAUACCUAAAUCCAUCUUCAAAUGCUCCCAACUUCGUGCCCUUUUCCUUCAGUACAACUCCUUCUCCGGCCGUCUCCCACAAGAGAUCGCCAACCUCACCGAUCUUCAGGUCUUCAAUGUAGCUGACAACCUCCUUUCCGGUGGAAUUCCAGCUGAUCUUCCUCCUAGUAUCCGGUACCUAGACCUUUCGUCCAAUGCCUUCUCCGGUGAGAUCCCCCGUAACUUCUCUGCCUCUUCUCGGCUUCAGCUCCUCAACCUCUCCUUUAAUCGCUUCACAGGAGGGAUUCCAUCAACCUUUGGAGAGCUAAUGCAGCUGCAGUAUCUAUGGCUGGAUUCAAAUCUGUUAGAAGGAACUCUGCCUUCGGCGCUUGCCAACUGUUCCUCGCUCAUGCAUUUGAGCGUUCAAGGCAACGUGCUUCGAGGUUUGAUCCCAACUGCGAUCGGGGCGCUUCCGAGACUUCAAGUGCUUUCGCUUUCACAUAAUAAUCUCUCUGGUCCAAUUCCCUCUUCUGCUUUCUACAAUGUGUCUGCGUAUCCUCCAUCGUUAAGGAUUGUUCAGCUUGGGUUUAACGCAUUCACGGGUCUUGUUUCUCCGCCGGAAGCAACAUUUUUCAGUGUUUUGCAGGUUUUAGAUCUUCAGCAGAAUCAGAUAAAUGGCGUGUUCCCCUCUUGGUUGACGAAUGUGUCCACACUGACAAUGCUCGAUCUUUCCGGGAACUCAUUCUCGGGCACUCUACCAGUUGGCAUCGGUAACCUCUUCAUGUUGGAAGAGCUUAGAGUGGCAAAUAAUUCACUUCACGGUGAUAUCCCCAAUGAGAUUCAGAAAUGCAGUUUGUUAAGCGUUCUUGAUCUUGAAGGGAACCAUUUCACCGGCGAGAUUCCUGCACUUUUGGGAGAGCUUAGGGGUUUGAAGGUAUUGUCUCUUGGGGGAAACUCUUUCUCGGGUCUCAUUCCAGUGAGUCUCGGAAGUCUUCAGGGGCUAGAAACGUUGAAUCUGGGACGUAAUAUCCUCACAGGAGACGUUCCAAAUGAGCUCAUCCAGUUGAGCAAUCUGACUACUUUGGACCUUAGUGAUAACAGAUUAUCAGGAGAAGUUCCAUCCAACAUUGGGGAUUUGCGAGAGCUGCUGGUUCUUAAUAUGAGUGCUAAUGGCUUUUCAGGGAGGAUUCCAACGAGUAUUGGAUCCCUUUUGCAACUGAGGAUUCUGGAUUUGAGCCGGCAGAAUCUCUCCGGCGAGUUACCUCUGGAACUUUCAGGCUUGCCUAAUCUGCAACACAUUGCUCUGGAAGAGAAUGCAUUAUCUGGGAAUGUCCCUGAAGGUUUCAGCAGCUUAUUGAGUUUGAAAUAUCUGAACUUGACAUCCAAUGUCUUCUCUGGUGAGAUUCCGGCAACCUAUGGCUUUCUCAGAUCAUUAACUGUUCUCUCACUAUCCAACAAUCACAUUUCCGGCUCGAUUCCAACAGAGCUCUGGAACUGUUCUGAUCUUGAGGUCCUUGAGCUCCAUUCAGAUGGUUUAACUGGUCAAAUCCCAGCCGAUAUCUCACAUCUUUCCAAUUUGAGGGAGCUCGACUUGGGCCACAACAGUUUGACUGGUGAAAUCCCAGUUGAGAUCUCCAAUUGUUCUUCUCUAAACUCACUGUUAUUGAAUAAUAAUCACCUCUCCGGUACAAUACCAGACUCUCUUUCAGACUUAACAAACCUGACCGUGCUGGACCUCUCUGUCAACAACUUGAGUGGUAUGAUACCACAGAAUCUCACCGCCCUCUCUGGCUUGAGACGCUUCAAUGUGUCAAGAAACCAUCUUGAAGGAGAGAUUCCAGAUAUGUUGGGUUCCAGGUUCAAUCCUUCUGCAUUUGCUUUCAACAAAGGUUUAUGCGGGAAGCCAUUGAAUGGGACAUGUGAGAAUGUAACCAAAGAGAACAAGAGGAAGAAGAGAUUGAUCUUAUUGGUAGUUAUUGCCAUAGCCGGAGCUCUCGGUACAGCAUUAUUUUGCUGCUGCUACAUAUUCAGUCUCUUGCGGUGGCGGAAAUGGCUCCGAGAGGGAGGCAAUGGGGAGAAGAAAAGGAGUCCAGCUCGUGCUAGCUCUGGAACAGGAACAGCAGAGGGAGGCCGUGGUAGCGGAGACAGUGGGAAUGGAGGGCCAAAGCUGGUGAUGUUUAACAACAAAUUCACAUACGCAGAGACGGUUGAGGCGACGAGACAGUUCGACGAAGAGAAUGUCUUGAGCAGGGGAAAGUAUGGGCUUGUGUUCAAGGCUUGCUUUCAGGACGGUACGGUGCUUUCCAUUCGUCGCCUUCCUGAUGGAUCCAUUGACGAAGGAACAUUCAGAAAAGAAGCAGAGUCGCUGGGGAAGGUGAAGCACAGGAACCUUACAGUUCUCCGAGGAUACUACGCUGGCCCACCGGAUGUCCGGCUGCUCGUGUACGAUUACAUGCCUAACGGAAACCUAGCAACUCUGUUGCAGGAAGCAUCACACCAGGACGGCCAUGUCCUUAACUGGCCAAUGCGGCAUCUCAUUGCCCUUGGAGUUGCCCGUGGUCUAGCCUUCCUGCACACGGCAUCUAUGGUCCACAGCGAUGUCAAACCCCAGAAUGUACUCUUCGAUGCCGACUUCGAAGCCCACUUAUCCGAUUUCGGGCUCGACCGACUCACCAUUGCCACGCCGGCGGAAGCAUCGACAUCUGCAACACCGGUGGGUACACUCGGGUAUGUAUCCCCCGAGGCGGCAUUGACGGGGCAAGUGACCAGAGAAGCAGAUGUGUACAGUUUUGGGAUAGUGUUGCUGGAGCUAUUGACAGGAAGACGACCGGUGAUGUUUACGCAGGAUGAAGACAUAGUGAAGUGGGUGAAGAGGCAGUUGCAGAGGGGUCAGAUAUCGGAGUUGUUGGAGCCUGGACUUCUGGAGAUUGAUCCGGAGUCAUCGGAGUGGGAAGAGUUCCUAUUGGGGGUUAAGGUAGGGUUGUUGUGCACCGCACCUGAUCCACUCGACCGGCCGUCCAUGGCCGACAUUGUUUUCAUGCUUGAAGGCUGUAGGGUCGGCCCUGAUAUUCCCUCCUCUGCUGAUCCCACCUCUCAGCCGUCGCCGGCAUUAUAGAAGAAGCAUUCG